AUGAGGCGAACGCUCAUCGCUGGGCUAAUAGCGGCUGUCACUGCCCCCCUAGUUUGCGCUAUCAAUUCCCAAACAUAUACCUGGAAGAAUGUCAAGAUUGGCGGCGGUGGUGGCUUCAUCCCUGGUAUCAUUUUCAAUGAAAAGGAAAAGGGGCUCGCAUACGCAAGAACAGACAUCGGGGGCGCCUACAAACUUAACAACGACGAUUCUUGGACACCCUUACUCGACUUCGUCGGAGACGCUAACUGGAAUUCAUGGGGAGUCGACGCUCUGGCAACGGAUCCAGUCGAGCCUAAUCGCUUGUACAUGGCAACUGGAAUGUACACCAAUUCAUGGGAUCCUAAUAAUGGCCAGAUAUUAAUAUCCGAUGACUAUGGCGCCACGUUUACUUCCUCUCCUCUACCCUUCAAAGUCGGAGGAAACAUGGCUGGGCGUGGAAUGGGCGAGCGUUUGGCCAUCGACCCUCACAGCAACAACAUCCUAUACUUUGGCGCGCGCAAUGGAAACGGCCUUUACAAGUCGACAAACUUUGGUGCAAGCUGGACUAAAAUCGCCAACUUCCCCAGUUCUGGCACAUUCAUCCCAGAUCCUGAUGACCCUUUCGAUUAUAACAACCAAAUCGUCGGGUUGGCUUGGAUCACUUUCGACUCUACAUCGGGUGCCGCUGGUGCCGCGACACCUCGUGUGUUCGUAGGGGUGGCCAACAAAGAUGAAAGCAACAUAUUCAUCUCUGAGGAUGCGGGAGCUACUUGGUCUGCUGUCGCGGGUCAAAACACGACAUUCCUCCCUCAUAAAGGUGUUCUAUCUCCAUCUGAGAAUACACUGUAUAUAUCUUAUAGCGACGGAGCUGGACCUUACGAUGGAACCAAUGGCGCGGUUAAAAAGUAUCACAUCCCCACAUCUACUUGGACGGAUAUCACCCCUGUCUCUGGAAGUGAUCUAUAUUUUGGCUUUGGCGGGCUCGCGGUCGAUAAGCUGGCACCGGGAACAGUCAUGGUAGCUGCUCUCAACAGUUGGUGGCCAGAUGGUCAAAUAUUCCGGUCCAAUGACAGUGGCGCUACUUGGAGUCCCUUGUGGGGAUGGAAUGGAUAUCCUAAUCUCGAGAAAUACUACACCUUCGAUAAUUCACUGGCACCAUGGACGGGCUCUGACUUCGUCGACACCACCCCAGGCACUCUGCAGAUUGGAUGGAUGAUGGAAGCUUUGGCGAUUGAUCCGUUCGACUCCAACCAUUGGCUCUACGGUACUGGUGCAACAAUAUACGGUAGCCAUGACCUUAAGAAAUGGGAUACAGCACACAACGUCACCCUUAGGAUGCUCGCUGACGGCAUCGAAGAAACCUCCGUUCGCGGGUUGAUAUCUCCGCCUACUGGCCCAAAUCUCUUGUCUGGGGUAGCCGAUAUCACAGGCUUCGUACACGACAACCUCGACACGCCUCGUCUCAAGUCUUAUGAUAACCCUAAGUGGAUGACCAGUCAAGACAUUGACUACGCCGGUAAUCUCCCUACCAACAUAGUUCGCAUUGGCGCGGGUGAUGAAGAGAUUAAACAAGUUGCAUUCUCUUCGGACUCCGGCUCUUCAUGGGCAAUACAUUAUGGGGCCCCAGAUGGUGUUCAUGGCGGCAAAGUAGCCUUCUCUGCCGACGCCGAUACUAUUCUUUGGCGUACAGACGGGAGUGGUGUUCUAGUUUCACGCAAUCAAGCUACUUUCACCGCAAACAAUUCCAUCUUCUACGGGGCCUCUGGUAAUGUAUUCUAUAUAUCGACCAACAACGGAGCGACGUUCGCCGCGAGUGGGUCGCUCGGCUCAUCGACCAGCGUGAGCGACGUCUUGGUCAACCCUGGCCUCACUGGAGAUGUUUGGGCUUCUACAGAUAAAGGCCUCUUCCACUCAACGAAUUCGGGUGCAACUUUCACCAGUAUCUCUGGCGUAACACAGGCAUGGAGCAUUGGUUUUGGAGCUCCUGUCACUACAGGGGGUUAUCCCGCAAUCUUCGCGGCCGCAAACAUCGAUGGAGUUGGGUAUUUCAGAAGCGAUGACGCGGGAGUCAAUUGGGUAAAGAUUAAUGAUGCUGCCCAUGGAUUUGGGGCCAUUAGUGGAAACGUCCUAACAGGUGACCCCAGGAUUCAUGGCAGGGUUUACCUUGGGACGAACGGACGCGGAAUAUUCUACGGCGAUACCGCCGGGGCCCAACCGCCUGACACUGCGACGGCCGCCCCGACGUCGUCUGUAGCUGUCGUGACUUCCUCGAUAAUCCUAACAACUUCCGUUGCGGAUCCUACGAGUGCUCCAGCUACCUCUCAGGUCCCGGUAACCUCCAGUACCAGCGCACCGCUCGCAGGCGCUACCGCAGCUGUCUUCGGUCAAUGUGGUGGUGAAGGUUGGACAGGAGCCACAAUUUGUGCAACAGGUUCCACAUGCACAACCUCAAGCCAAUGGUAUUCCCAAUGCUUGCCGAAUUAA